UAUACAUAUACAUAUACAUACACAUACACACAUAUGCAUAUAUACAUACACAUGCAUUCAUACAUAUACACAUUUAUAAACACACACAUACCUAUACCCAUACAUGCACACACAUACACAUAUAUACACAUAUUUACAUACCUACAUCCAUCCAUCCACAUGCACACACACACACACACACACACACACACACGGCCCCGGCACUCACUGCCCACUGAGAACCAGCCGAUCUCCUCCCCCAAGCCCCACAUGUCCGGCCGUGCACCCCAGUCACUCAGGGACAACCCCCGACAAGCCCGCCCAAGACGACGGCAUGACACCGGGCGUGAAGGGUGGCGCGGCAGGGCGCAAGGGUAUCCCAGGCCCACGCCCGACAAGCCAACCAACACGACAAUAAACAAAUAUGAAGCCGGCAAGUUCGUCAGCCCCGACAACCACCAAACAAGAGACAUUAACACCUUCCCCACUAAACGACCCCAUCCCCCCAACCCAAACCCGCACAAACACACCACCGCCCAAACAACCGAGACACAGCAUCGAGACCAGACAAGGGGGCCACCACCGCAUUAGGUCACCAACACAGACCCCACAGCAUAAGGUCAGGCCUCACGGGCACAGACCCCACCCAACAGGAAGCGAAACCCGCGCGACGCCACACACAAAUAAAUAAUUACCUUUUAAAAAUAAAUAAAAAAUAAAAUAAUAAUAAUAAUAAAUAAAUAAAUAAUAAUAAUAAUAAAUGAAUAAAAGCCUUACAAGGCCCCCAGAGUGUCUACUGUGUAGUUAAAAUUAGGAGGUCAGCCAUUACAGCCGACCUCCAGUCCCUAUUGAUGUGUGUACUGUAGCGUGAGUGUGAACUGUAUGUGAACUGUAAUCAGUGUUGGGACUAGCGCGUUACUGUAACGCCGUUACUUUCGGCGGUACAUAGUAAUCUAGCGCGUUAUUUUUUAUAUUCAGUAACUCAGUUACCAUUACUACAUGAUGCGUUACUGCGUUAUUGUCAUGUCUGUGUGACCAUGUUUUGUAUUAGUCAUGUUUUGUUUUGUUUAGUUAUUGGACUCUUUAGUUUCUGGCUUUUCACUCCCUUGUCUUGUUUCCAUGGUUACCCAUUAGUUUCACCUGUUCCACGUUUGGACUCAUUGUGCACUCUUGUUUGUCACCAUAGCAACCCAUUAGUUUUCACCUGUCACGUCACGCACCUGUUUCACGUUUUGAGUCACGCACCUGUUUUCGUUAAUCAUGUCUGUAGUAUUUAAGUUCAUUGUUUUCAGUGUGUCGUUCUGGCGACAUCCGGAUUCAUACCCCUGUCACACUCUGUUUACCUCUGCGCACUUCAUAGUCCAUGCCAAGUAAGUUUUUGUUUAUUAAUGCCACAGUUAGUGUUUUUGUUUAAUUGUUCACAGUUUCUGCCUAUGUGCAAGUUUUGUUUUCAAUAGCCUAGUUUUGUACCUCCGCCAUUGUGCGCGCUUUUCGUUUGUUCCUUUUUGAUAUAUAGUGUUCAAAUAAAUCAUGUACUCCCCUUCACGCCACAUCCGGUCCAAAUCUUUUGCACCUCGGGAGAACAAACCACGCCACAGUCUCAGUCGUGACAGUUAUUUUACGUUAUUUUUUAUGUAGUAUCGGCUAGAAACAGAGAAGAUCUGAGUGGGUUUUAUUGGAGCGCUGCGGAAGAGGCGACAAGGAAGAGGCGCGCCGCGCGCUGUCUGUGUGUGUGUACGUGCGAGGGGGCGUGUCUGUGUUUACUAACAAGACAUGGCGAAGCCCGAAGCCGAGUUUCUUAACAUGGAGAUAUUCUCACUACUUUUCUUUUGUCGACCACAAAGAAAAGAACAUUUUAGUUAUAUAUAAGUUGUGUCUUGUAUCAAAGAUCUUAUGCUAGCAAUUUAAAUCUACUGAAACAGCUACAAAAGCAACAUGCUUCGACGAAGCGAGUAAAGAGACACACACUUCACCUCCUAAGCAACAGCGGCUGGAUUUUAACGAGGCACUGCGCACUGAAGGUGGAAGUGGAAGGCGCUGGUCGUAGACGAGGCUCACCGGCUCAAGAACCCGAAGUCUCUGUUGCACAAAACCCUGACGCAGUUCUCCGUGGGCUUCAGAGUGAUGCUGACAGGAACUCCCAUCCAGAACAACCUGCAGGAGCUCUACUCCCUGCUGAGCUUCAUCCAGCCCACAAUCUUCUCAGCCGAGGACGAGGACCACUUCGUCCAGGCUUACUCCCACGUCCAGAGUCGACCCGCGCUCGCCACCGAGCUUCAGAGCGUCCUGGAGCCCUUCCUGCUCCGCCGGGUCAAGUCGGAGGUGGCGCUGGACCUGCCUAAGAAGAGCGAGCUGGUGGUCUACCACGGAAUGUCGGCGCUGCAGAAGAAGUACUACAAAGCCCUCCUGAUGAAGGACCUUGAGGCUUUUGGGAGCGACCAGAGCAACAAGACCCGUCUGCUCAACAUCUUGAUCCAGCUGAGGAAGUGCGUGGAUCACCCGUAUCUCUUCGACGGAGUGGAGCCGGAGCCCUUCGAGAUGGGAGAGCAUCUGAUUGAGGCCAGCGGGAAGCUCUGCCUCCUGGACAGCAUGUUGGCUUACCUGCAAGCAGGCGGCCAUCGUGUUCUGCUCUUCUCCCAAAUGACCAGAAUGCUGGACAUCCUUCAGGACUACAUGGAGUACAGAGGUUUCAGCUACGAGCGCCUGGACGGCUCGGUCCGAGGCGAGGAGCGCAACCUGGCGGUGAAGAACUUCAGCAGCAGCGACGUCUUCGUCUUCCUCCUCAGCACCAAAGCAGGAGGGGUUGGCAUCAACCUCACAGCCGCCGACACUGUCAUUUUUAUGGACAGUGACUUCAACCCUCAAAACGACUUGCAGGCCGCCGCCCGCUGCCACCGCAUCGGUCAGAACAGGCCGGUGAAGGUGAUCCGCCUCCUGGCCAGAGACACGGUGGAAGAGAUCAUGUUCUCCCGCGCCGUCUCCAAGCUGCAGCUCACCAACACGGUGAUGGAGGAGGGACGCUUCUCUUUGCUGGACCGCGCCCAGACGGCCGCCGCGGGACUGCAGCUGAGUGAGAUCCUAAAGUUCGGAGUAGAUAAGCUGCUGUCGUCAGAGACGAGCUCGGUACAGGACGUGAGACUGGAGAAGAUCCUGGGCACGUCACACGGCGGUCGCUGGACUGUUGACGAGGAGGAGGAGGAGGAGGAAAACUCCUUACAAGAAGAGGAAGACAGUGGCUCUGAAUCCGACAGGCAGAACCACAUGUACUGCUUUGAGGGCAAAGACUACAGCAAGGACCCCAGCGUGGAGGACCAGAAGAGCUUUGAUCAGCUGCUGGAGGAGCAGAUGGCCGAGCUGCAGAAAGGUGCCGGAGAGGGAAGAAGCCUACGAAACAAAACCGACGUGUCAGCGGCGGUAACGCUCAGCUUCCCGACAAGGAAGAGGAGGCCGCUGACGGAGGCGGAGCUAGAGUCGAGGCGGCAGAAGCGGCAGGAGGCGGCGGCCAAGAGAGCCAAGUACCAGGAGGACCUCAAGAAGAAGCAGGAGGAGCAGAAAUACAAGAAAAAGUCCACCAAAAAAUUACUUAUUGAAGCUUUGGGAGGCGCUUUUUGUUCUCAUGCUACUGUCCAACGCAGGAUGGCGCGGUGGGAGUCGUGCGGCUACAAGUCCCGAUGCCUGAAGCUGGCGGACAGCGAGGAAGACGACGAAGAGGACGACGAUGACGGCGGCAGCGUGAGCUCCGCGGACUCAGACAGCGGCGCCAUCCACUACGUGCUGGGAGACGUGACGCAUCCUCACGCCGCCCGAGGGGACGCCAUCAUCGUCCACUGCGUCGACGACUCGGGCUGGUGGGGCAAAGGGGGCCUGUUCACCGCCCUGGAGGUGCGCUCGGAUGAACCGCGGCGGCUCUACGAGCUGGCUGGACAGAUGAAAGACUUGGACCUCGGCAGCGUUCUCUUCUUCCCCAUCGACGACAAACAGUCCAGGAUGGACGGGAGCGAUCACCUGGCCCUCAUCGUCGCACAGCAGCGGGGCAAAGACAACACGCUGUCCGCCAUCUUGCUGACGGCGCUCGAGGAAGGCCUCCGGAAGAUUCACGCCGCCGCCAAACGGAACAAAGCGAGUGUGCACCUUCCACGCAUCGGACACGCCACCAAGGGCUUCAACUGGUACGGCACGGAGCGCCUGAUCAGGAAACACCUGGCCUGCAGAGGCGUGCCCACCUUCAUAUACUAUCACAGUCGCAGCAGAAGCACCAACGCCACCUUGGCCUCGGCGAGCUCGUCUGCAGAUCAAAGCCCCGACUCAGCAGAACCUUCCGCCUCUCUCGCCACGCCUCAGCUGCCCAGCUUCAUGACGGGCGUCCACGUCUUCUUUUACAACCUGCCUGCCGCUGAGAGGAAGAGGCUGGCUCGCUACCUCCUCACCUAUGACGGCGACGAAGAGGUGGUGAUGAGCGGCGAGGUCACCCACAUCGUCGCCGAGGUGGAGAACGACUUCCAGGCUCAGGAGCUCCAGGACCUGAGGUGUCGCUCCACUGGGGCAGUGCUGCUGCACAAAGCCUGGCUGGAGGCCUGCUUCUCCAAACAACGACUCGUCAGCACCGCACGCUUCACACACACACUCGCCUGAAGUGUUUUAUUGAUCAAGACAUGGCAUGAACCAUAAUAAAGGCUGUGCUUUUGCAACAUGGCAUGAGCACACUUAGUGGAGAAAAAUAGCUUUUUGUACGAGAUUAAGGACUCUUUGAAGGGAGUCGAACUUUCAAAGAGCCGUUCAAAAGACUGGCUCGUUAUGAUAAUUACUUUUCUUUUUAUCGGGGUAAUAAUUAGGGGUGUGAAUCUUUGGGCACCUAACCAUUCGGUACAACUCCCAUUCCUGGAGUUGACGAUUCAAUUCAGAAUCGAUUCUUGGUUCAAACCGAUUCUCACAAUGUAAUAUUUGGUAUAAUUGUUAUAAUGAAACUUUUUCAAAACAGGUUAUAGGUUAGAAAUGCGCUUCCUGAUUGCAUGGAGGCAGCCUACAAAUGUUUUUUUUUUUUUAUUCUUAUAUAUAAAACAAUGUAUUUAUAUAUUUUUUAUUUUUCACAACUAUAUAUAUAUAUAUAUAUAUAUAUAUAUAUA